AUGCAACUGGUGCUCCCAUCAGGAUCUCCCCUGUACAUUUUCUCGAAAAGCUACGCGAUCACGCAAAACACCUACAAGCCCCCCAAUCUCUGCAUCAUCAUCUCCAAAGAGCAAAAAAACACUUCCAUUGGGAAUAUCCAGGCACAGGCUCGAGAGGCCGAGAAAUGGGCCCCUGGAUUUGCCAAGAGCCUUCAAUCUGCUGCCCGUCAUUUGGGCAACACCUGCACGUUUGAUGGUACCCACGUCCUCGCUGGAACUAGCCGGGAGUGGAUUAAAGCAUGCACAGGAGAAGAUUUCGACCUUGACCGAUUCCCCAUUGAAUUUCCUCGAUGGCAGUACUCGGCUUCUACGAUUAGUUUAAACAAGGAGAGCCUCGAUUUGCCAGAACUGUCGGUCUUGCGGGACGAGAUUGAGCGCUACCAGUCAUCCAGGUUUGCACUGUUCUUCCCAAUCCUCGAUUCAUCUCUUAUUGAAGAUACAAUCAAUGCUGCAUAUCAUCAGAAGGUGUCGACAGCAUCGCCUGCGAUAGCUAGUGCCAAAGCUUGCAUCUUUGCAUUGCACGCACUUGCUAUCAUCGUACUUGAUGGGUCAGAACAACUCCCAUUUCAUGCCAGUCUUCAAUAUGCUCGGGAAGCACAUCGUCACUUCCCAGAUAUCUUCAGUGAAGCAGCCACAUUGGAUGGUCUACAAGCCAUUCUUUUACUCAUUCUCUGCUCCCAAGGCCUGGCUGCUGACUUCCAUUCCAUCAAUCAUCUUCUCGCAGCGGCUUCACGCUUGAUAUAUGAUAUGAAGGGCAACUAUUCCCCUCGCAUGGCUUGGGACAAUCCAUCUACAAUUGAUUACCACACCAGACAUCUAUUCUGGAUAGCAUUUGUCUGUGACAAGGGUUUCAGCUUGGUCACCGGUCUCCCUCCGAUGCUUGAAGAUUCCCAGUGUGACUUGACAUUUGCGAUGAUUCCCCCCGAGCUUCUCGACCAGUCGAAUGAGAAGCCCCAUAUAUAUGGCGAUCCAUAUCCCGGGUCGUACGUUCAUACAUAUGUCCGCCUGGCUUUCAUUCAAUCUAAAAUUCAUCGCGAUCUCUACUCACCCCGUGCGUUGAGGCAAUCAAACACGGAUUUACUGAGAGUGAUUCGGGAUGUGGAUCAUUCUCUCGAGUUGUGGAGGAACUCGAUCCCAGUCGUUAAUCGGCCCUCGCUGGUAGCUUAUACUGGCAAAAUUGUGCAGCAUGUUGACUUGAGGGCCUCAAUAUUUCACAUUCAAUAUCAUCAUUGCAUGCUCAUGAUUCAUCAAGCCAGUAGCCGCUGUGAUUCAUGGGCACGGAACCUGGACACGCAGGGCACCGGGUCUAGCCUGGCAAUAUCAGUCACCGCGAGUCGAUCUCUACUUGGAGGGUUCCUACAUACUCCAUUUGAUCUAGGAUCCCAGAAUCUCUUGUUCUCCUUGUCAUAUUUCAUUCAAGCGAGCAUCAACCUAUUCUGCAAAAUCUUGUCCAGCCCAUUCGAUACGGAAAAUCACGAGGACCUUCAAAUCAUUGAUCGGAUAUCUCAACUUAUCGAGAGCUAUUGCAGGCCCAAGGACCCAGAAUGUUACAGAGCCAAAGUUCGAUUCGCAGCAGGUGUCACCUUUGAACUGAAACGUCUUGCCCAAUGUGCGAUCGAAAACGCCAGUCGUCAAAGGAGUGCUGGGAUUUUACGAUAG